AUGACAACCACGACGCCACCGUUGACUAACCUCGCCGAAGCUGCAUCUCAAGCAGGUCGUGGUUCACUUCACGUUGCAGUGUCACUAUGGAAGUUCAGCAGCGGCAAACAGGAGCCUAGUCAGGAACCAGCCAAGAGUGGCUUUUCUUUAGCUAAUAUUGAAAGAUCCGACAAGCUUCAGACUUACGACUGGAAAAGGCUUGCUGAAGCUACGGUGGUUGAUAUUGGUGGAUCUAGUGGACACGACUCUACCACCAUUGCUUGGGCGUUCCCUAACUUGAAGUUCAUUGUCCAAGAUCUUCCUCAACUUCGGACCUCUUUCUAUGAGCAGAUGGUGCUUCAUAACUGGCCUGACGAGUUUGCAGCAAAUGUCCUCAAACAUCUGGUACUGAACCUUGAGUGUGGUUCACGAGUCCUUGUUGAAGCUGUGGCUCCUCCGAACACAGCCGUACUACCGUUUGAAGCGCUGAGUCAUAUACUCAAUGCUGCAGACAUGCAUAUGUUGCAGUUCUUCAAUUCUCAAAAGCGCAGCUUGCAGGACUGGACCACUGUGCUCGCAAAGGCAGAUGAGCAGUUUACUCUCACGUAUGUAUCAGAAGUUCUCGGGUCUGUGCACCAGUUCCUUGAAGUUGGACUUCGUACAUAG